GCGACGCGGUGGAUGUUUACCAGCGGGAGUUCCUGGCGCUGCGGGACCGGCUGCAUGCAGCUGAGCAGGAGAGCCUCAAGCGCUCCAAGGAGCUCAACCUGGUACUGGAUGAGAUCAAGAGGGCCGUGUCGGAGAGGCAGGCGCUGCGGGAGGGAGACGGCAAUCGCACCUGGGGCCGCCUCACAGAGGACCCCCGGCUGAAGCCGUGGAACGUCUCGCACAGGCAUUGUCGGUGGUCAUGGGCAUCCCGAGUGUGCGGCGCGAGGUGCACUCGUACCUGACAGACACGCUGCACUCGCUCAUCUCCGAGCUGAGCCCGCAGGAGAAGGAGGACUCCGUCAUCGUGGUGCUGAUCGCGGAGACUGACCCGCAGUACACUUCAGCAGUGACAGACAACAUCAAGGCCUUGUUCCCCACGGAGAUCCAUUCCGGGCUCCUGGAAGUCAUCUCCCCUUCCCCCCACUUCUACCCUGACUUCUCUCGCCUCCGCGAAUCCUUCGGGGACCCCAAGGAGAGAGUCAGGUGGAGGACCAAGCAGAACCUCGACUACUGCUUCCUCAUGAUGUACGCGCAGUCCAAGGGCAUCUACUACGUGCAGUUGGAGGACGACAUCGUGGCCAAGCCCAACUACCUGAGCACCAUGAAGAACUUUGCCCUCCAGCAGCCCUCGGAGGACUGGGUGAUCCUGGAGUUCUCCCAGCUGGGCUUCAUUGGGAAGAUGUUCAAGUCGCUGGACCUGAGCCUGAUUGUGGAGUUCAUCCUCAUGUUCUACCGGGACAAGCCCAUUGACUGGCUGCUGGACCACAUCCUCUGGGUGAAAGUCUGCAACCCCGAGAAGGACGCGAAGCACUGUGACCGGCAGAAGGCCAAUCUGCGGAUCCGCUUCAAGCCGUCUCUCUUCCAGCACGUGGGCACUCACUCCUCGCUGGCUGGCAAGAUCCAGAAGCUGAAGGACAAGGACUUUGGGAAGCAGGCGCUGCGGAAGGAGCAUGUGAACCCGCCGGCCGAGGUGAGCACAAGCCUGAAGACGUACCAGCACUUCACCCUGGAGAAGGCCUACCUGCGCGAGGACUUCUUCUGGGCCUUCACGCCUGCUGCCGGGGACUUCAUCCGCUUCCGCUUCUUCCAGCCGCUGCGCCUGGAGCGGUUCUUCUUCCGCAGCGGGAACAUCGAGCACCCAGAGGACAAGCUCUUCAACACGUCAGUGGAGGUGCUGCCCUUCGACAAUCCCCAGUCAGACAAGGAGGCCUUGCAGGAGGGCCGACCAGCCACCCUCCGGUACCCGCGGAGUCCAGACGGCUACCUCCAGAUCGGCUCCUUCUACAAGGGCGUUGCAGAAGGCGAGGUGGACCCUGCCUUUGGUCCCCUGGAAGCUCUGCGCCUCUCCAUCCAGACGGACUCGCCAGUGUGGGUCAUUCUCAGCGAGAUCUUCCUGAAGAAGGCAGACUGAGCCGAGCCCUCUGCAGUGCGCUGCAGCCGCCUCGAGGCCCACGUUUCCGGGGUCCCAUCACUGCUGCCCCUGGAGGGCCAGGCACAGCCACCCCGGCUCUGGCCACCUGGGGUCGCCGCUGGCCCGGAGUCCCCAGGAGCUGGUGCUGCCCCAGGGAUAGGCAGGGGCCACACAGUGCCUGAGGGCGGUGCCGCUGCCGGACUGUCCCGCACCGCAGGCCCCUCGGCCGGCGUUUCAGGAGCUUUCAGGCGCCACCCUGGGCGCGAACACUGGAAUGCAUAAACUACUUUCUGUGCUGUGUUUUUUAUUCUUGGAUACAUUUGAUUUUUCACGUAAGUCCACAUAUACUUCUCUAAGAGUGUGGCUUGUAAUAAAGGGUUACUGAAG